CUUGUUGCUUUUGUAAACAAAAACAGCACGCUUAGAAAAAUCCAGAUUCGGAAGAGGGUUUAGCAAUUUUUUGUAGAUCUUCAAAUAUUUUGAGAUUCCAUAGAGAUUGUGCAAUGGAUCCCUCAAAUGUGUUUGUAAGGAGCGCAAAUAAGGAUGAUAGUGAGGGACAAAUACAAAAGCGAGAAAUGCAUGACUUGAAAGCGAAAAAUGACGCUCAACUAAGAGAAUUGCUGGAAAGACAAGAGCGCAUCUUGGGCCAAAAGGGACUUGUUGCAAAGCUGGCAGACAAAGGAGAAAAAGUGCGGAACCUGAAGAGCAGAAUCGAGGAAGAACUUGCUCACCGGGUACAAAUUAACGCUCUGGGAGGGAACCUUACAAAAGUUAAUUUGGGUGAAAACAUGGAGUGGAAUGUGGCUGAGGGUGAGACGACCAAACCGCCUCAAGAAUUGGCCUCUGAUCCUUUGCUGAAUUACCUUCAAUUGCGAAAAGAGAGUGUUGAGCCGUUUGUAGAAAAUAUGUGCACUAAAAUUGAGUCAAACCACCAAGUCGAAGAAAAGUUUCUACCCCACAGGAGCAACGAAGCCCCGAUCAAGUCUCCCGGUGGGAAGUCGCCAAGACCUGAAGGCAUCGAAAAUCAUGCCGUGAAAGAAAUUCCCAUAAAAGACUCUCUUUUCCUGCAAAGGAAACAAGCACAGGCCUCAGUUCCUAAAUCUGCAGCGCAAUUGACGCAAUGGAGGCAAAUGGCAGAUAUGAUGGAUAGUGAGGAGAGCGAAGAUGAAUAUGCAGAGCAAAAGGAAGAAGAAGAGAUGGCUGCUAUAGCUGAACUUGAAGAAGACCCACCUGGGGUCCCAGAUUUUAAAUGAAUAUGUAAGUUUAAUAGGUGAAAGAGAAACAACAGACUUUUCAAUUGCCAUGGAGCAGCAUUUUGUUGCUAUUUGUGCACUUCUUUUUCUUAAGAAAUUGACUGAUUUUUUAGCUUACAAUGUAUGGUAAAAAAUAAUACAUACAUAUAAAAUGUAUAAAAUUAAUUAUUGUGUAUGUGAAAAUUAACUUUGUUUUGUAUCAUUUUUGCUUACAUACAAUAUAAAUGUAAAACUGAAUAUCAAACUGUUUUGUAAGUGGAUAACAACAAUAUUAUGUAAAUUUGUAUUAUUAUCAUAGUUUUUGACACAUUCAAUUUCUAUUAUAAUUUUUUUUCUCUUUUUAUACUUUUUAAUGUCACUUUUUUAUGAUCAUAAAAAUAAAAGAAAUGACGUAAUUGAUA